AUGGCAGCACCGAAACGACCUAAUUUCCUGCUCAUGGUUGCUGAUGACCUGGGCUUUUCGGAUGUCGGAUGCUUUGGCAGUGAGAUCAGGACGCCCAAUAUCGACAAAAUCGCUCUCAAUGGAGGAGUCCGGUUCACGGAUUUCCAUGCCGCCGCUGCUUGCUCGCCAACUCGUGCCAUGAUCAUGACCGGUACAGACCAUCACAUUGCUGGCCUGGGGAACUUGGUCGAAUGGACUAAUAUCAGUGGUCAGAACGGUCCCAAAGGUUCUCAGAUGAGCACCGCACCUCAACGUGGAAUGCCCGGAUAUGAAGGCUAUCUCAAUGAGCGAGUUGCGGCUCUCCCUGAACUUUUGCGAGACGCUGGCUAUCACACACUUCUCUCGGGUAAAUGGCAUCUGGGAUUGACACCUGAGCGUGCUCCCAUCAAGCGAGGCUUCGAACGUUCAUUUGCCCAUCUCCCUGCCUGCUCGAAUCACUACGGCUUUGAACCGCAGUUGAGGGACCAAGAUGAAACCCCGACAUUCAUUGAAGCUAGUUACAUUGCUCUCCAUAUGGAAGAUGACCAUUAUGUGAAGAAGCUACCUGAUGGCUGGUAUUCGUCGGAUGGCUACGGUAACAAAAUGGUCGAGUAUCUUCGUGACUGGCAUGGUUCACAGAAAGACAAGGAACGCCCGUUCUUUGCCUACUUGCCAUUCACUGCCCCGCACUGGCCCCUGCAGGCCCCCAGACAAUAUAUUGAACAUUACCGUGGCGUCUAUGAUGAAGGCCCGGAUGUCCUCCGAGAGAAACGUCUUCAGAGGCUGAAAGAGCUUGAUAUGAUUAAGGACGAUGUCAAGCCCCAUCCCGUCGUGGCCGAUGAAGUCAAAGAAUGGAAAGACUAUACUGAGGAUGAGAAGAAGAAAUCCUGCACCGCAAUGGAAGUAUAUGCUGGCAUGGUCGAGUGCAUAGAUGCCAACGUAGGCAAGGUUGUGAACUACCUUGAGAGCAUCGGAGAAUUAGACAACACCUUUGUCUGCUUCAUGUCAGACAAUGGUGCUGAAGGCGCUGCCUACGAGGCUUACCCGCUUGUGAAAAGCGGAGUUCUUCCCCAUCUGCAAAAGUACUAUGAUAAUAGUAUUGACAAUCUCGGUAACUAUAACUCCUUCAUAUGGUACGGCCCCCGCUGGGCACAGGCCGCAACUGCACCAUCUCGAUUAUACAAGGCAUACACAACCGAAGGUGGCGUACGAGUUCCCUUUCUGGCAAAGUUCCCCAAGGGAGUUGAUACAGCAGAUUCUGCACAGGGUAUUACAGACCAAUUCGCCACCGUGAUGGAUCUAGCACCGACUAUCUUGGAGAUGGCUGGUGUCAGUCACCCCGCUCCAACUUAUCAGGGCCGGGAAAUUGUUCCAAUGCGUGGGAAGAGUAUCUACCCUUGGGCUACUGGGAAGGCAUCACGGAUCCAUGAGGAAGACUUUGUGCAAGGAUGGGAAACUUGCGGUCGUGCUGCCCUUCGUUUCGGAGACUGGAAAAUCGUGUAUAUCCCUAAGCCGAAAGGCCCUGAACGCUGGCAAUUGUACAAUCUGAACAGCGAUCCGGGUGAAGUCGACGAUCUAGCAGAAAGCCAGCCAGAACGGCUGAAACAGCUGCUGAAGCUGUGGGACCAGUACGUGAUAGAAACGGGCGUUAUUCCUCUCAAUCCGGAUCUAGGCGAAUUUCUUGAAGCAACCGAAGCGCAGAUGCCGGAAAAUGCAUGGAUGGAGUAUGAUUAUUGGAAACCAGGUGCUAGAGACGAACCGGAGAAGUUUAUGCGCAAGCCUCCACGCUUUCAGAGGACUGUGAAGCAGUUUUAG